UGGCGUCUUCGGGGGAAAAGACCGCGAUAAGGACCAAACGAAAACCGACCCAGGAGGGAAAAAGAUCCGGCUGAAAGAAUCUUAAGAAAUAAUUAAAGUCAAAGAGGCUCUGGUUGGAAGCCUUCAGGAGGGCCCCAUGGGGAGUGAUAAGAAGCAGAGGCGGGAGGAAUUGAGAAUUAUACAGAGAGUAGCAACCAAGUAGCAGUUAAAUAUAGAUUACCGCCCCUUCUUGGGGAACCAACGUUUGACAGAGCGAAUUUUUUGCAGAUCGACUCCAGCCUGCUAUCUGAAUACUGACAUUUUGCGUCAGUGAGCCCACAGUAACUCAUCAAAGGAAUUACAGAUCGCGCCCAUUAACCUUGAAGCAAAGCCCUGGUCUCUACACUAGGGUGGACCCACAGCAGCAGCAGCAUCUACUCCCCUACACAGAGAGCAGGAGAGCUUCCAGAUGGAGUGGCUAUGGACCGAUAUAUUCUCGCAUCCACUGUGGGCUUUUUCCACGCUGGUCUUGGGGCUCGUCGUGCGCGCACAGCGGAGGGGACCGUGGGACCCGCGCGCGUGUCCCGUGGAGCUCAAAGGGAAGACCGCAAUCGUCACUGGAGCGAAUACAGGGAUCGGAAAGUUCGUAGCUCUGGACUUUGCGCGGCGCGGUGCUCGCGUGAUCCUCGCGUGCCGGAGCGAGGCGAGGGGUUCGGCGGCUGUACGGGAGAUCCGUCGGCGUAGCGGAAACCAGGACGUGCACGUGCGCCUGGUGGACACCUCCUCUCUGGCCUCUGUCAGGGCCUUCGCCGAGGGCAUCCUGCGCGAGGAGAAGCAGCUGCACAUCCUGGUCAACAACGCCGGGGCCUCAGGCCUGCGUAGAGCCAUCACUCCCGAUGGCCUGGAGGUUUCCUUCGCCACCAAUCACCUGGGGCCCUUCCUGCUCACCAGCCUGCUAUUGGACCUGAUGAAAAGCUCCGCCCCAGCGCGCAUCGUGAACGUGUCCUCGGUCAACCACUGGAAGGGCGUGGUCGACUUCUCCCAUUUCCACGGCGACAACCUGACCUACACGAUGGACAGCGUUUAUAACCACACCAAGCUCCACAACAUCCUCUGCACCAACGAGCUGGCCCGCCGGCUGCAAGGCACAGGUGUGACCGCCAAUUCCCUUCACCCCGGUGUGGUGAUGACGGAGGUGAUGAGGAACUACAACUGGCUGAUCAGGUUAAUCUUCAACCUGGUGGGAAUCUUCUUCUUCAAGUCGGCUGAGGAGGGGGCCGUCACCACCAUUUACUGUGCCGUGUCGGAGGAGGUGGAGGGCAUCAGCGGGAAGUACUUUGACAGCGACUGCUCCCUCGUUCUCCCCGCCCCGCUCGCCCGAGACUCCGCCCUCGCCACCAAGGACUUUGAGGUCUGCGAGAGAUUGACAGCCAAGCUGUGAGCCGACCUGCAGGGGGAGGAGGAAGAGGAGAAGCCAGGGCCAGGAAGCCGUUGUGGAUGCGAGACCUCUUCAGGGACGGGUGCACAAAGUGAGAAAAGGGCACGCCUGCCUAGAAAAACAGUUUUACAACACUCCGUUACGAUGCAGGAUAUAUUUCACCAAAAUGAGGGAAUGAAAAGUUGUGACAGCAACAGUAACAUAACAAAUAUUAUUUUUUGUUUUAUCAAAUCAAAGGGGCAGAUCGGGCACUUGGGGCAGAAGGGGCAGGGGCUCAAGGUGCUCACGCCCCCCCCCCCCCCCCCCAUUACGCACAUGCCUGGUGCAAAGGUCACAACCUGUCUUAAUCCUGUUCUAUUUAUUGUUUCAUAAGUGAUGAUGAUGAUGCAAAGCCAUUAUGAGACUGAGAGGGAAAAGCUCCAUUGUGACAUCAUUAAUGUCCCAAGAACCGACCGGAAAGUGGUCGGAAUAAAGAUAAUCCACUGCAAAGAUGUCCUCAAUUUCAUUCCCAGAGGCGCAUGCUUGGCUUUUGCUUCCAACAAUUUUCCUGGUUUGGUCAGCUAAUUAACUGUAUGCACCAACACUGGCUGGCUCAAUCAGCUAAUUAACUGCACACAACAACACUGUCUGCCUUGUGUAUACGACCACAGUAGACCGUUCGCUAUUGGGACUUAAGAACAGUUGUCACUCAUGAACUCAGAAAUGACUGGGCUAAUUCGAUCAUUAUGUGUGUUACGAGCCACAUAUCUACAGGUAAACCUCCAGUAAACCUGCCUAGCUAUAACGUAAAAGCUAGAGCUGCAAUUAAAGCUAGGCUUUGUGGCUUAAAAUUUGUACCCUAACCUAGUGCAUGUUGUGUGCUGAAUAUAAACCAAAAAAACGGAAGCAACAUUUGGCACAUCUACUAAGGCAGUCCCCCCCCCCAUCCUAACUGGCUGAAGGGAAGUUGACCAUGUAGGGCUGGACCAGCACUACCUCCAGACCUCUUCCCCAGCGCCAUUGUUUCUUCCUCCUUCCUUCAGUUGAAUGGUUUUGUUGGAAUAAAAUGCAGGCAAAUAAAUUUAAAUAAAAACACCAGUAAGCCAACGGAGAAGAGGGUUGGCAUGUGUUCCCCAAAGAGUCCAUCCAACAAACAGAUGGUAUCCAAACACCAAAAAAUAUAGACAACCAAGAUGCCGUCAAGCACGCAAGCCCGUCUGUAGGUCUCAGAUUCAGUGACGCUUACUUUUCGAACUGCGCAAUACAAAACAAAAAUGGAGCAUCGCGUAGUUCUGGCAGGCCACGAGAGUCAAGCGCUCCGGCCGAAUCAGCUGAUGGCUCAGCUGAGUGAUGUUCGCCUAUCACAGUACAUUCACUUAACAGGGCGGUCUACUUAAACAGCCUCCCUCUACUCAUUCGGCUGCUCCUCCUGCAUGCAAGCUGCUGCACGUUGCUUUGUAAAUCCCCUCCACCACCCCAGCUCCAUCCCCAUGCGUCAAGAAUUUGCAUUUCUCCAUUCCUAUGUGUUAAGAAUUUGUAUUGCUCCAUCCCUAUGUGUUAAGAAAUUGCAUUGCUCCACCCCUAUGUGUUAAGAACUUGCUUUGCUGCUGGAUCUGUUCUGUGUGUACCCCUUUAGGGGGGUUUGGCUGCUGGCCUCCCGGCCUUAUCCACGCGGGCUGCGUGGUUGGCAGGAGAGCUCCAGAACAGAGCCAUACCGCCAAACAUAACUGUAUUGCCUUUAUUGUCAAUAAAGUUCUAAAGUUGAUGACAGAACAA